UCCAUCUGGUAUUACUAAGCGGUGGUAAAAAAUACACCAGAGCGUCUCGAUCCUUUUUGGUUGCAUGUCGGAAAGCAAGAAUGAAGCAGAUUGUAACCAAUCAAACAGUUAAAAUACCAGAGGGAUUGACUGUUACAGUCAAAUCCCGUCUGGUCACUGUAAAAGGACCAAGAGGUGUUUUGAAACGGUCCUUCAAACAUCUUGCCCUUGAUAUUCGUAUGAUCAGUCCAAGAUUACUGAAGGUGGAAAAAUGGUUUGGUACGAAAAAAGAAUUAGCCGCUGUUCGUACCGUAUGCUCGCAUAUUGAAAAUAUGCUUAAAGGCGUGACGAAGGGCUAUCAAUACAAAAUGCGAGCUGUAUAUGCCCAUUUCCCCAUCAACUGUGUGACUACAGAGAAUAACACAGUUAUUGAAAUCCGUAACUUCUUGGGAGAGAAGUAUAUACGCCGUGUGAAGAUGGCACCUGGCGUGACUGUUGCGAAUUCUGGAAAACAAAAGGAUGAAUUAAUUAUAGAAGGAAAUUCCUUGGAAGAUGUAUCUCGUUCUGCUGCACUUAUUCAACAAUCAACAACAGUAAAGAAUAAGGAUAUUAGAAAAUUCUUGGAUGGACUUUAUGUAUCCGAGAAAACAACAGUUGUACAAGAUGAUGAAUAAAUUCUUUAAUGUAUGACUAA